GUGACUUAAUUUAUUGUUAAACUGGUAAACUGCCGCCGUCGUGCAUCACAACCAUGUCGUUUCUAAGGUCCAUACUCCGUACAACAACCCUUCACCAUUCAUUUCUUCAAAAACACAUUCGUUCUAUGAGCAAUCUACCAGAAAACACAGUAUAUUCAGGACCAACAUCUCAAAACAAAAGAGUAACACUUUCACAACUCCGACAAAAAUAUCGAAACUCAGUACCAAUCACAGUGGUUACUGCUUAUGAUUACCCUUCUGCUGUUCACCUUGAUACAGCCUCCAUUGAUAUAUGUGUUGUUGGUGAUUCUGCUUCCAUGGUUGUUCAUGGUCAUGACACUACUUUACCUAUUACAUUAGAUGAAAUGCUUGUUCAUUGUCGUGCUGUUGCUCGUGGUGCUAAGACUCCUCUUCUUGUUGCUGAUUUACCUUUUGGAACGUAUGAAUGUAGUUCUAUACAGGCAGUGGAUGCGGCAGUUCGGAUUUUGAAAGAAGGAGGAAUGGAUGCUGUAAAAUUGGAAGGAGGUUCCCCAUCAAGAGUUGUUGCCGCAAAAGCUAUUGUUGAAGCUGGAAUAGCUGUGAUUGGACAUGUUGGUCUUACUCCACAGGCUAUUAGUGUUUUAGGUGGAUUUAGGCCUCAAGGAAGGAAUGUUGCUAGUGCUGUCAAGGUUGUUGAGUCGGCACUGGCUUUCCAGGAAGCAGGAUGUUUUGCUGUUGUUUUAGAAUGUGUGCCUGCACCUGUGGCUGCCGCAGCAACAGCGGCGCUUGAAAUUCCGACUAUUGGAAUUGGGGCUGGACCUUAUUGCAGUGGACAGGUACUUGUUUAUCAUGAUCUUCUUGGUAUGUUGCAGCACCCCCAUCAUGCAAAGGUUACUCCAAAAUUUUGUAAACAAUAUGCUCGUGUCGGAGACGUCAUCAACAAAGCCUUACUUGAUUAUAAGGAAGAUGUGAUAAAUGGUUCAUUUCCUGAUGCUCAACACAGUCCAUACAAAAUCAGUGAAACUGAUGCUAAUGGUUUCUUGACUGAGCUGCAAAAGUUAGGUUUUGACAAGGCAGCAUCUGCAGCGUCCGAAGCAGUUCAGAAGAUGGUUACAAAAUCAACAAAGUGACAAUUUAGGAAAGCUACCAACUGCUCCUCCGUUUUUCCUUUGACGUUCUUCGUCUUGUUCAAUGACAAAAUAAACCGAAGGACUUAAGUGAAUGGAAUUUUGGCAUAACAGAUAGGUAGACCGUAGACAGAUAGAUUACUAUCAUUUUCUUAAGGCGGGUUGAUUAAUAUCAUUUCUUUGCCAUCUCACAUCAUAUAUGAAGCCUCCAUAAAUGCUAAGGUGAUAUCACGAAAAGAAAUGUUGUUUUGAAGCAUUGUAUCAGAGAAAAAUGUUGAAAACCAAUUUUGAUUUGUCAUGUUUGUUUUGGUUAUUCAAAUGGAGCUUCCUGUAGCAAACUGAAACAUCAAUUAUUGGUCUGGUACAAGUUCUGAGCUGGUUGAGAUUUUAUGCGGCACUGCAUAAUCACGCAUUAUCAAAAACUUUCAGCAAUUCGCUGGACUGUGUGGAAGCAGCAGAAUUUGAACUGAAAAAUUCGGUGUAAUAUGAUUUAUUUGUACAUGGUUUCUUUGGAAAGGUCGUAAUGACAAAAUUUUCAGAGAUAAAGAAAGAUUGCAUAUGAUCAAUUGAUCGAAAACAUUUAACUCUUCUAGUGGAAAUGGCUAAUAUGUAAAGUGACCGAGUUCAUGUAUUCUCAGUCGAUGAAUAAUCAGUCCAUGUGACUAUUU